UCCAUUUGAUUUUCAUUAUUAGCCACGUAGAUACCUUAUUAGGUGAUAGGUCACUCAUGUACAAUUCUAUUUAUAAAGUUGAAAAAAAUGAAAAAAAAAACUACUCGAUCACCACACACCACACAUCACACAUCACAAGGUACAAAGAGAGAGAGAGAGGUAGAGAGCGACCUGACCUAAAACACAAAGCCCUCCCAUAAAGACAGGAACAUCAUUACUUGCGUAACUUUGCUCUUUCUCCGAAAAAAAAAAUGAGGUCGUCCGACAGAGAAAGAGGAGAAGAUGAAUUGUCAUGGCCUUUGAUCGGAGAGAAGAGUAGUGUAAAAGAGGAAGUGAAUAAACAGGUAUGGCUUGCCGGUCCACUCAUCGCCGUGAGUCUUCUUCAGUUCUGCCUCCAAGUUAUCUCCGUCAUGUUCGUCGGCCAUCUUGGGUCUCUUCCUCUCUCGGCCGCUUCCAUCGCCACAUCUUUCGCCUCCGUUACUGGCUUCAGCUUCCUCAUGGGAACAGCUAGUGCGUUAGAUACACUAUGUGGCCAAUCGUUUGGAGCAAAGAAGUAUGGAAUGUUAGGGAUACAAAUGCAAAGAGCAAUGUUUGUUCUUACACUAUCUUCUAUUCCUCUCUCCAUCAUCUGGGCAAACACAGAGCACCUUCUUGUCUUCUUUGGACAAAACAAAGCCAUCGCUGCACUCGCUGGCUCCUACGCGAAGUUCAUGAUCCCAAGUAUCUUCGCCUACGGUCUUCUUCAAUGCUUUAACAGGUUCUUGCAGGCCCAAAACAAUGUGUUCCCUCUGGUUUUCUGCUCUGGAGUCACCACUUCUCUUCAUGUCCUUCUUUGUUGGGUCUUGGUUUUCAAAUCUGGUUUAGGGUUUCAAGGAGCUGCUGUGGCCAACUCCAUUUCGUAUUGGCUUAAUGUCAUUCUCUUGUUCUGUUACGUCAAGUUCUCGCCUUCUUGCUCACUGACUUGGACCGGUUUCUCUAAGGAGGCUCUACGCGAUAUCAUCCCUUUUCUGAGACUAGCUGUUCCUUCUGCACUUAUGGUUUGCUUAGAGAUGUGGUCCUUUGAACUUUUAGUUCUCUUAUCAGGACUUCUUCCAAACCCUGUUCUAGAAACUUCUGUUCUCUCAAUCUGCCUUAAUACAUCAGGGACAAUGUGGAUGAUCCCAUUUGGUCUCAGUGGCGCUGCAAGCACGAGGGUGUCGAAUGAGUUAGGAGCUGGUAAUCCUAAAGUGGCUAAGCUUGCGGUGCGCGUGGUCAUAUGCAUUGCAAUCAUAGAAAGCAUAGUGAUCGGAUCAGUUUUGAUAUUGAUAAGGAAUAUUUGGGGGUUGGCUUAUAGUAGUGAAACAGAAGUAGUCACCUACGUUGCCUCGAUGAUGCCGAUUCUCGCCUUAGGCAACCUUCUAGACAGUCUUCAAAGCGUUCUCUCAGGCGUUGCUAGAGGAUGUGGAUGGCAGAAGAUAGGAGCAUUCAUUAAUCUUGGAUCGUAUUAUCUUGUUGGAGUUCCUUUAGGCUUGUUACUUGCUUUUCACUUUCACGUUGGUGGUCGGGGGCUUUGGCUUGGAAUCAUAUGCGCUCUCGUUGUUCAACUUUUUGGUCUUGGCCUUGUCACCAUUUUUACAAAUUGGGAUGAAGAGGCCAAGAAAGCUACAAACAGAAUUGAGUCUUCUUCAGGUGUGAAAGAUUUUGCAGCCGAUGACAGAUCAGUAGUAGUAUUUUGAGAGCCAUUGUGUGCCUUUUUUUGUUGUAAGAGAAAUUUAUAUCUGCUUCUGGUUCUCUCUGUGUAAUUCUUAUUUUUCAAUUUCUGUGUGAACUUUACAAGAGCCAAUAAUUUAGUCAGUUCAUUAUGAUUUA